AUGGGUACAAUUGGAAACAUAUUGAAUAUUGUUACAUUUUUAUCCCAAGAUUAUCGAACAAAAGCUUGCAUACUUUAUCUGAUUUUUUCUUCGUCAAUUAAUAUAUGUUUCGCUAAUCUUUAUCUUAUCAUUUAUCUGGUAGCACAAUAUUCAGGAGUGAAUAUUAUACAGACAAAUCGUCCAAUGUGCAAAAUAUUUGGUUAUAUUUCGGUAUGUUCAGCAGCAAUAACAGCAACUUGCCUGUUCUUAUCAACACUCGAUCGAUGUUUCUCAACAUCACGAACUGUACGUUACCGACAACUGAGUAAUUGGUCAUUAGCUCAACGUCUUUUAAUUAUAACAGUGUUAUUUCUCUUAAUUUCAAGUAUCUUUUCUCUGAUUGUCUAUGAUCUUUACAAUGGUAUGUGUACAUCAGCCCCUGGUCUAGGAUCGAUCGCUGUUAUUGUUUAUGCAAAUAUUUUUAUUACUCUGAUUCCUCAUGGUGGUAUGUUAAUUUGUGGUAUAAUUACAUGGAUAAAUAUGCGACAAAUGACAAAUCGUAUUAAUCCAGAUUCUGGUGCAAGUAAUGCAACAUCUGCGGUUCAGAAAAUGAAUCGACAAUUACUUAUUCUAAUAUUUAUAGAGGCUUUGGUGGAUAUAAUAUUAGAAGUGCAACGUAAUAUUACAGCUACAUACAAUUUAAUUACUAAUUCAAUAGAGAAAAGUAUUGAACGGCAACAAAUUGAACAUUUUGUCAUACAACUGAGCAUUAUACUUUAUACCGUAAAACAAGGCAUGUCUUUUUAUAUUUAUUGCUUUUGUAGUGAUAUAUUUCGAAAAAAUUGUCGAAAAUCUUUGAAAUCAUUAAUGAAUAGACUCUAUUGUUUCAAUCGGCAUGACUAA